GAUGCGUCUGGGAACGUAAGUAGAUCCGGUUGAGGAAGUCGGCGCUCGCGGCAGCUGGGUUCCCGUGGCUGCACCAGGGCAGGAGCGGCCGCGUCCCCAGCGGUGCCGCCCCGGGACCCCUCCCGCUCCCCACCGCCACCAGCAACAGACGCCGCCGCCGUAGCAGCAGCAGCAGCAGCCGCCGUCGUCAUGGCCACCCGCUCCUGUCGGGAGAAGGCGCAGAAGCAGAAUGAGCAGCACCAGGCCAUCCUGGCUAAGCUGCUGCGGGAAGAAGACAACAAGUACUGCGCGGACUGUGAGGCCAAGGGUCCAAGAUGGGCCUCUUGGAACACCGGUGUUUUUAUUUGCAUCAGAUGUGCUGGAAUACAUCGAAAUCUUGGGGUCCAUAUAUCAAGGGUCAAGUCUGUCAACUUGGACCAAUGGACACCAGAGCAAAUACAGUGUAUGCAAGAAAUGGGAAAUACUAAAGCAAGACUACUCUAUGAAGCUAAUCUACCAGAAAACUUCCGAAGACCUCAAACAGAUCAAGCUGUGGAAUUUUUCAUCAGGGAUAAGUAUGAAAAGAAGAAGUAUUAUGAUAAAAAUGCAAUUAACGCCUUCAAUAUAUCCUCUUCUGAUGCUGCUCAGCCUUUGGCAUCCUCUCCUUCUCUGCAAGCUGCUGCUGAGAAGAGCAAAGCAGAGAAGGAAAAAGAAAAAAAGAAAGAAGAGAAAAAGAGAGAGAAAGAAUCAGAAAAACCAUCGAAACAGUUAGUAGUUGAAAAGCCACAGAAGAAAGAGGAUCAGCAGUCAGAAGCUAAAGCAAGUCCACAAAAGUCAUCAGAACCCACUAUUGAUCUCUUAGGACUUGAUGGUCCAGCUGAAGCCUCUGUUACAAAUGGAGGCACUGCUGCUGUCACAACGCUGAAUGAUGACGUGGAUAUCUUUGGCCCGAUGAUCUCUAAUCCUUUACCAGCAGCUGCUGUACCUCCUGCUCAGAGCGCUUCCACUAAACCAGCAGCUGCCAGUUUGUCUGCGGCAUCUGCGCAUCUUGAUCUCUUCACUGAGCAAACAACAAAAUCUGAAGAGUCAACAAAGAAACAGCUCUCCAAAGACUCCAUUUUAUCACUGUAUGGCACAGGAACCAUGCAGCAGCAAAAUGCUCCGGGUAUGUUCAUGGGGUCGUCUUCUAUGCCAUUUACCACACAACCAUCAACUCAUUUUCAAGGCUUUCCAGCCAUGGGAGUUCCUGUGCCUGCAGCAACUGGGAUGAUGGGAAACAUGAUGGGACAGUCAGUGCCAGUCAUGGGACAGAGCACAGGUGUGAUGAUGGGAAUGGGAAUGCCCAAUGGAUUUACUGGUACCACACAAAGUGGUGUUAUGGGACUUCCUCAAAAUGUCGUCGGACCUCAAGGUGGAAUGGUGGGACAGAUGGCCACGCCACAAAAUAAGUAUGGAUUGCAACAAAACCAACAGGCUCAGUGGAACCUCUCUCAGAUGAAUCAGCAAAUGGCAGGAAUGAACCUCAGCAGUUCCAGCACCACGAUGGGCUUUGGCCAACCCCCCAGCACAACAGCAGGAUGGACUGGAAGCUCCUCUGGUCAGACUCUCAGCACACAACUGUGGAAAUGAAAGUUGCAAUGGAGGUCUCACCCAGAACAGCCACCCACCAUUCCUUGUUCAAAUGCAUUUACUUUUGCUGUUCCUUCCAUGUACAUACUCUUUUUUCUUUUUCCCCAGCUGUUCAGAUUAAGAAUAUAACUGACUGACCGUGUUGUGGUCUAUAUUGAUUUAAAUUUGAUGUAGUGAAAAGCAGAUCAAGAAUACAUUUAUACAUCACUGGCAGCGUUUUCAUACAAUACAUAUGAUUUCAUAGACCAUAAAUUUAAGAAGCUGCUUAACCACAUACUGAUUUUUCCCUCAAAAUUCUAGAUCAAAUGUUUGCAUAUAAGGGAUGUAGCUAUCAUGUUAGUAAUAUCAAAAAAAUAUGAACCCUGAUCCCCCCCAAAUUACCCAGUAAUCCUGUAGAAGGUACUGUAUGAACAAAUGUUUAAUCAUAUAUAAAUAGAAUGUAAAUGUAUCACUGAGCAAUGUUUUCUGGUGUAUCAAACAAAUUUUGUUUCAUCAUACAUUUCACUGUGAUGUUAUUAUGGUGUGCAUAACAGGGAAUAUGGUUAUUGAAAGAAAGAUAAACCUGGAUGUUACUGUAGUUCUACAAAUCAGUAGUUUAUUCUUUUAAAAAUGAGCAUUUGAUCCAUUUGAGUUUCCUGUGAUAAAGUAUCCAGUGUGGCUCAUGAGGCACGUAUACAGUAUUAAUGCUAAGAACUGGCAGCACAGUACGUAUACAAGUAUGUAUACAGGAUGUAUACAAGGUAACUCGAUGCAAACAGAUAUAUUUUUCCUUGCAGAGAUAUCCAGGUUUAUGACAGUGAUUGUGUUUACAUUUUAUGGUGCCUCGUAAUGAUAAAAUGUUAUUUCCCUAUAUUAAAAGGAUAAAUCCAUAA